CGGUUUGGAUAUGCACAGCCAGUAGCUGACCCGUCAUCCGCUGCGGAUAUCUAUUCCAUCUCGCGACCUACUCUCCCAUCCGUCUCUACCAACAUCCGAAGUACGAAAGCCACUUGUCUGAAGUUGUGAAAUCUUACUGGCCACGACGAUCACGACCUAUCAUGACCCUCACGCUUGCCCGACUAAAAGAUAACCUUGACGAUCUCUCGCCCGCCCAGAGGUCAUGCCUGAUGUUCUGCGGGAUGGUGUCGGCGGUGGUCAUGUUUCCUUUCAUGCUCGUUUUUAAUCUCAUCUACCUUAUUGCGACGAAAGUAUGGGUGGCUACACAGCCCAAUCUGCCUCAUGCAACGGGAUGCGAGCUCGAUCUAGACCUCGCGCGUGGGCGUCGUGGCUCGGUAGACUCAGGCGACUCAGUAAUUUCCGCGCCUCCGUCUUAUCGCAGUGGAGGCGCAAGCUCCGUGUUCGAGUACCCCAUGCCUACGUCAUCUUCAAGCCCCGAGGCUAGGCAGAUCAGGCGCGCGAAGCUCUAUAUCGACGGGAGCCUCCGCAGCAGCCCGACCUCCUCCUACUCAAACAGCCCACCACCACCGGCUACUAUUUUCGCCUCAACGUCAGACUACGCCGUCUACUACUCCCCACCCCCCACGUCUUCACGCUCGACCUCCCGCACCUUCGGCCCAAUCCGUCGGCUUCUCCCCUCCUUCCAUCGCCGCACGGCGUCCGACCCUACUGCAAUGUCCAUCAUGUCUUCACAAUCUGCGCCCUCCUCGCUCAGCUCCGUCUCGUCCCACUCGCAUUCACCUUCCGGCGGCUCCCCCAGCCGGACGCAUCGCCGCGCAUUCUCGCAAGCGUCCGCGGAUUCCACAGGGACAGAUGGGCGCCCAGUCAACGCGCUUCCUGGGGAGGUGUUCUCGCAGCGAUACGAACCGCCGUUCUCGUUCAAGCGGGUGUCGAGCCCCGUGGACAGACAGCCGGUCUCGCCAAAAACACGUCCGUUCAGCCCGGAUCUUAGUCCGUGUGACGAGGGGAGGCCGAGGGUCCGGAGACGCCAAAGUCGAGUGGGACGCCAGCGAGGGAGGUCGACCACCUCAGGAACCGAUGUUGGCGAGGGGAAGCAGCGGUUUGGUGGGCUCCGCGCGCUCGGGAGGAAGAUCCGUCGGAGAGUGGUCUCGAGGAGGCGAGAUGUGGCUGAGAUGGAUUCGUGCGGGACUGGGUCAUACUAGGUCAGCCGUGCUGGACCCCGUUCUUGUGUCGAGAUGUUCAAGUGGCAUAGGGUAGUUUUCUCGUUCUUCGUUUUCUGGGUCAUCUGCACAACAUUUGCAUGUUGCAUCUCCCCUCGCAUCACAUCCGCAUCCGCACAUCACGUACAUAAGCUAUACCGUAUAUAACGACGUCAUGAUACCUCUACUGUACAAUAUAGUGGUUGGCAACGCAUCUUGAUGGAAGUCAAUGAUUACUCGGCGUAAGUUAGCAUCUGCAA